AUGAGUGUGAGCACAGACACGCCGCCUCCACCCGUGGGCGGGGUGUCCCCGCAACCGGCGAACCUGUCAGGAUCUCCACCAGUCAGCUGUCCCUCCCCGUGGCAGGACAUCAAACCGAACCCCAUUCCCGUUCAAGUGUCCAACAGUUAUAUGCCUCAGUACGCGUGGUAUCAGACGGACUCGUCCAUCGCUCACCACGGCCUACUCACGUAGGGACUCCGAGGACUGAUAUUUUCCAGUAUUAUCGAGGGACAAUAUCUCUCUUGACAACAAGUUCUCUCCUUCACUUUUUUUGUGUCGGCUCGACGGAGCCCGAGGAUACAGCAUUAUCCAAAGUGUCAGUGUUCAAAUUGUUCUUUUUUUUUCUCUCUCUCUCCCCCUCUUCGGUGGAUUUCUUCUCGUUUCGAGCGCGGAGGGAAGGCAAGGUGGGGUCGGGUUGCAAUCGGCCGAAUGCGGCUGCAUGCGAUGUGGGCCAGUGUUGUUGAAUUUUUGAGGCCGCGAGAACGCCUAUGGGCGAAAACGGCUGGAAAUUAUGCAUGAGCCCCAUGUCAGUAGCUUCGGCUUUGGGUCCUGCGUGAUCGGGGAAGUCACGCGAUCCGGGCAUCAGGUUUGAAAGCCGCAUGGGAAGGGAAAGAGACUCAUGACUAUCCGGGUUCUCAUGAGCGAGUCAACAGGAAAACCAGAUCGUGGGCCGACACACACAGACGGACAUGCAACACAACACGCCUCGCUUUUUCCUCUCCUUUUUUUUUCCUCUCUCUCUCUCUCUCUCUCUCCCUCACUAUUUUCUCUCUCCUUGCAUGAGUGGAUAUCUCGUUGUGGUCUCUCCCUCACCAAAGAUCAAAAACCUGCACGACAUUCCAAAGACUCCAUUCAUGCAACGGAAACCCUCUCAUGCCCUCUCAUGCCCUCAUGCCCUCUCAUGCCCUCAUGCCCUCUC